AUGGGAACCUGUCUGUGGGAGGCCCCUGAACAGUCAGGCGAACGACCCACAGGGAGGAGCGGCCACUCUCUGAAUAUCGUUGGUCGGCGAGCAAUCGUUUUUGGAGGCUGCACAGAGCAGGAUGAUAAGCCAACGAUACUCAAUGAAGCUUAUUGCAUUGAAUUGUCAUCGAAUGAGUACAAGUGGUUGAAGUUAGACCCUGAGGAUCGAAGCAUCCCUCCACCACGAUGGAGACAUACGGGUAACACCAUCAGUGAUACCGAACUCUUCGUUUUCGGUGGAAUUGGAGAAAAAUGUAGAUUGAAUGAUAGCUUCAUACUUGAUCUGGAACCUGAAACACCAAUUUGGUCUGAUGUCUCAUCGAAUGGAAUUCCUCCAAGCCCAAGGUCGUACCAUACUGCAUCCCUUUGCAACAAACGAAUAUACGUGUUUGGGGGGUAUGGUGGUCAUGGAGAGAGGAGACAGCAUUUCAACGAUAUGCACAUUUUUGAUAUCGAGACAAGGACUUGGCUAGGAGAGGAGAAUGGAAUCUCUGUAGAACGAGAAGGUUUUCAUCGUGGCAUCAAAACUGAAGGCAGUCUGCCCUCACCAAGAUGCAAUCAUACCACGAAUGUGAUUGAAAAGACAUUCCUGAUUGUCACUGGAGGGAGAGACUCGAAUCAGUACUUUGAUGAUACUCACAUUUUCUGCACGGCAACGUUUACUUGGACUCAAAUACGAAACCUCGCAAAUCCGACCGCUCCUACACGCUUAUGCAGCCAUCUUGCUGAAGGAGUGCAAUCAGUACCAAGCUACUACCUGUUCGUUUUCGGAGGUCAAACUUCACAUGAAAAAAAUCGGACUGAUUGGUCUUAUCGAUCGAAGGUUGAUGUUUUAGACUGCAAGUCAAUGACAUGGUUGUCCUCGCAAGGAGUGGUGCAAGGAGUUGGUCCGAAUGCUAGAGAGGAUGCAGCUUGGGCCUUUGACCCAAAGACGGCUAAGAUUCUUAUGUUCGGAGGGUGGUCCAAUGAUUGGCUUGACGACUUCUUUACACUUGACGUUUCCGGAAUUGUUGGCCCCCCAUACGCGGUUCAACGUUUAGAACCAGAUGAAGGUCCUAUCACAGGAAAAACAGAGGUGAUCGUACAUGGACUUGAUUUCUCCAAGGGAAAGAUCACGAUCAAAUUCACGGAUGGGAGAAAUGAAGAAAUUUCUGAAAAGACUGAAUUCAUAUCUCCUACACAGCUUCGAUGCUUAUCGCCAGACUGGAGCAAAUUCGGACCAGGAGAAGUCUUCGUCAGAGUUUCAAUUGGUGGAGAAGGAUUCACUGUCAACCGCGUGAAAUGGACAUACUACGUCAACACGAAACCACAGAAGUGUAUUGCAUAUGGUCCUGGCAUCUUUGAUAAGGGAGGAAUGUGGGGCUUCCCUGCUGUCUUCAAGAUACAAGCCAAGGACACCACUGGUCGAAAUCGAUCAUCUGGUGGAGAGGCGGAGUAUUGGAAGGUCAAAGUAAGAUAUGGAGAGAUCAAACUCAAGACAAAGCUGGUUGAUAACAAGGAUGGCACAUACGACGUCUCUUAUAUCCCACCAGGACAGGGAGGAGUCGAAAUAGAAGUAGCCUACGAUGAUCCUGUACAAGGAAGUAUCAUUCCUAUCCGAGGAUCUCCUUGGAAGUCAUAUUUCGAGAAUCCAUGGGUCAAGUGUAAAGUGCAAGGUCAACCGCCAAGAUACAGUCAGGGCAUGCAAGCUACCACGCUGAUGAAAAAGAUUGUUUACUAUGGCGGAAGCUCAUCGGUGAAUAUCUUUGAUUCGGAGCAACUCAAGUGGGAAAUUCCCGAAAUCGAAGGGAAAGCUCCUGAUGACCGUAUGUUUCAUUCCUUCACUACUCUAGACAACGAGAAAAUGCUUGUUUUCGGAGGGCAAAAACCUGCACCCGAGGACGCCGAUCCUGAGACUCAGCCUCCUGCUGACUUCAACUCAGUCCAUGUCCUGGUAUGUGAAAAAGGGACUUGGAAAUGGGCUCCUUCUACAGACAUUGCCGGCGACAAGCCAGGAAUUACUGCAAAGCAUUCUGCAUGUUUAAUCCCUCUUGGGAAGAAAGUGCUUGUGUUUGGCGGUGUUGACAAAGAAGGUAACAGGAAUGAUGACCUCCGUAUCUUAUCAGCACAGAACAUCAACAAGAUGGAUUGGCUUCAUAUUGGCAAAUCUUCCAACUCAGGAAUUGAGAGGAUCAGCUCCUCCCAAGAACCAACAAGUGAAGAUGCAACAACGAACAACCAGUCGGAAACGGGAGCAGAGAACGCUCACGACACGAACGCAAAGGACUCCAAGACAGAAGCUGAUGCGAAUGAGCCUACGGGUCAAGAACCACCAAAAUCAGAAAAUGAAGAAGCUGAGCCAGAAGAGGGUGAAGCCGAAGCGACUGAGGAGGAUAUGAAUCUUCCUUUGACAGCACCAGGCAAACGUCUUGGAAGUGGAAUUGCUUUUCUCGAGGGAAAGGUCUACUUGUUCGGUGGUGACGCAAGUCACGAUGAUGGUACGAACAUGUUCACGAACAUCAUGUCUAUCGGUACAAUCAAAGGAAACAAUCCCAAGAAUUUCGAAAAAGGAGACCAAAUAUUGUGGGAGAAUUGUGAAGUUUCUGGAGAUGUCCCGAAGCCUAGAUCAGACUUUAUCAUUAGUGUCCUCGAUGGAAAGAUCGUUGUCUACGGUGGUUACGACAGACAAGGCAAGAUGCUGGAUGACAUGUACCAGUUCGACCCUGACACGCAAGAGUGGACGUGCAUUUAUUCGUCAGAUGGUUCGAUGGCACCAUUGAAGCCCAUAUCUACCUUCGUCCAAAAACGAUUGUUUUCCGUCAGUGGCAAGAAGGACCUGGAGGAUGUCCGUGUGUUAGAAUUUGGAAGAAUCGCAGAGCAGUCCAACUUCUUCGCAAAGAUGUCGACAAGAGUUGUUGAGGAACUUGAAAGGCUUUUCAACUGGGAAAGAUCAGCUCUUGCAGACUUGAAUGUCGAUCCAAAUGCUGGAGAAACAGAAGAUAAGCAGAGAGAUCUGCUUUUGAAGGUGAAUGGGAGAAUCUUUGAGUAUAAACAAGAAGAACCCAACAUUGAGCUUCAGCUUGAUGUCCUGAAGGAUGCAAUCGGCCUAAUUUCAAAGAACGGAAUCAAUGUUGAGAAGAGUGAAGCUCAAAUGACUGAAGUGGUCGAACACUGGGGACAUCUGAAAAAGCAAGCUCCGAUUGCAAAAGAACUCGGCAAAAAAGUUCAAGAACGCGAGGCCUUGAAGAUUAAGAACAACAUUCAGAAUUUCGAAAGCAAAGUCAAAACAUACCAAUAUGAAUUCCGAAAGAAGCCAUUGUUUGAAUUCAAGACUGGUGUCGGACAGGCAUAUCAAGACAUCUUUCGGACAAGGAGUGAGUUGUUGAAGCUCGAAGAUGAAUUUGCCGAUCUUUCAAACUUUGCGAGGAUCUUCGAAUUCCCUGAAUUGAUGGAGCCAACCAGAGCACUGCAAGACCAAUGUCAUUCUGAGCUGCAGCAAAUUGUGCAAAUGUGGCAUAUGGUGGAUAUGAUUGAAUAUCAGGUUGGCCAGUGGAAGACCACCCUUUGGAACGACAUCGAUUGUGAGUCGAUGGAAGAACGAGCAAAAGGACUUUUUAAACAGCUGAGAUCACAAGACAAAUUUGUGAAGCAAACUGAUUGUUUCGUAGUCUGUGAACAGAAUGUGAAGAACUUUCUUUCUACAAUCCCCCUCGUGUCAGAUUUGAGACAUCCUAGCAUGCGGGACAGACAUUGGAAAAUGCUCAUGGAUUUGACAGGCGUCAAAUUUGUCAUUGACGAUGCAUUCAAGCUGGAUGAUUUGUUACGACUUGAAUUGCAUAAGUUUGAAGAUGAUGUAGGAGAGAUUGUAAACAGAGCUCAAAAGGAGGAAAAGAUGGAGCAGGCUCUGAAGAAAAUCGGUAGUACAUGGAUUGGGCUUGAGUUCAAUUUCAUCCAGCACAAGGACACUGAUGUGCAGCUGAUAAAGUUGUCAGAGGAAGAUUUUGAGACCCUCGAAGAUCAUCAACUGCAAAUUCAAAAUAUGAUGGGGUCUCGCUAUCUCUCUACUUUCGAAGAUGAAGAAAUCUGCCAGGGUGCUCAAGUACAGACUGUGUCAAGCUGGCAGAAGACACUGUCAGCAGUCUCAGAUGUGGUUUCUAUCAUGAAUGAAAUUCAAAGGACCUGGGCUUAUCUCGAAACGCUUUUCAUUGGGUCAGAUGAAGUCAAAAAGGAACUUCCUGAGGACACGGAAAGGUUUGCUGGAAUUGAUAAAGAUGUAAGGAAGGUUCUCGCGGAUUUUUCUCAAAUCAAGCUUGCUGCUAAAGCAUGCACGGUUGAUGGAGUGCUGAAGUUGUUGGAGGAGACGCAAUACAAACUAGAGCUUUGCGAGAAAUCCCUUGCAAAUUAUCUUGAACAGAAGAGGAGAAUAUUUCCAAGAUUUUACUUUGUGUCAACCUCUGAUUUGCUUGAUAUUUUGUCAAAUGGAAAUCAACCGGACAAAGUGAAUUUUCACAUGCCGAAGAUCAUCGCUGCUGUGGAUCACCUCGACCUCAACCCAGGUCCCAGUCCGCAAGAUAGACCAUCAGCCACAGGGUUGGAGUCUUGUGUUGGAAUAGAGCAUAUCGAGUUCACAAAACCUCUGAAAGUCGAAGGAAGGGUUGAGUAUUACCUACAGGACAUUCAGAACAGACUCACCGAAAGCUUGCGUGACAUUAUGUUCCAGAGCUUGCAAUCAUUUGCCACUAAAUCUUCUGUUGGAGAAUGGUUGAAGUCUGUUCCCAAUCAAAUCAUUUUGACAGUGAGUCUUUUAGAUUUCACGACUAAAAUGAGAGAAACUUUCCAUAAUCUUUCCACAAACCCAAAUGCAAUGAAAGAAAUGGCAGAUUCCAAAAUUGAGGGCCUUACUUCGUUGAUCGAUUUGGUUCGAACGGACUUGAGCAAAGCGGACCGAAUGAAAACCAUGUGUCUGAUUACGCUAGACGCACAUUCAAGAGAUAUUAUCUUGAAGCUUGUCAACUUCAAUGUGACAGAUAUAAAUCAUUUUGAAUGGCAGUCCCAGCUUCGCUUUGAAUGGAGAGAAAGUGAAGGGGAUUGUUUCGUUUUAAUCGUUGAUGCAGAAUUCAAGUACGGAUAUGAAUAUAUCGGGAAUGGAGCCAGGCUGGUAAUUACGCCACUGACUGAUAGAAUUUACGUCACUGCUACUCAAGCUUUGAAACUUUGCAUGGGAUGUGCUCCCGCUGGACCCGCAGGAACAGGAAAGACGGAAACAACGAAAGAUCUGGGUGCAAUGCUUGCAAAGUGUAUUUAUGUGUUCAAUUGCGCUCCAGAGAUGGACUACAAAUCAAUGGGAGACAUCUGGAAAGGUCUUGGUGCAUCAGGUGCCUGGGGUUGCUUCGAUGAAUUCAACCGCCUCAUUGCAGAAGUUUUAUCGGUCUGUUCUACACAAUAUAAGAGUGUCCUGGAUGCAAUCGUAGCCCAAAGAAAGACCUUUGUGCUUGAAGGAGCUGAACUGAAACUUGACCCCACGUGUGGUGCCUACAUCACGAUGAAUCCUGGGUAUCUUGGAAGGACACCUUUACCAGAGUCGCUGAAGGCUUUGUUUCGUCCAGUUACUGUUGUUGUCCCAGAUUUUGCUUUGAUCGCCGAAAACAUGCUAAUGGCAGAGGGGUUCACGCAAGCAAAGCUUCUUGCGGUGAAAUUCAUAAAUCUUUACACCCUUUGCAAGGAUCUCUUGUCUAAGGCUAUGCAUUAUGAUUGGGGUCUACGUGCUAUCAAGAGUGUUUUGAGAGUGGCCGGCGACUUCAAACGUAAUGAGCCAGAGAAGUCAGAAAUCACUUUGUUGUUCCGAUCUCUGAGAGACUUCAAUCUUCCCAAGAUUGUUGGUGACGAUUUGAUCAUUUUCAUGGGAUUGUUGGGGGACUUGUUCCCAGGAGAAGAUGUUCCUCGGCAGCGCGAUUGGGAUCUCGAAAAGAAGAUCGAAGAAUGCUUUGUAGAUGUUGGAUAUCAGCCAGAGGAAAAUGCCGUUUUGAAGACUGUUCAACUGUCUGAGUUGUUGGCUGUGCGACAUUGCGUAUUCAUCAUGGGAACUUCAGGAACAGGAAAAUCAACCUGUUGGAAAAUAUUGGGUGCUGCGAAUGGUAAACGCGGAUUGAAGACAACAAUCAAAGAUUUAGAUCCAAAGGCUAUCCAAACGACCGAGUUCUAUGGAUAUAUUAAUUUGACGACUCGAGAAUGGAAGGAUGGAAUAUUUUCCAUGCUCUUGAGAGAAGCUGCCAACGCUCCCGGAACUGAUCCAAAAUGGAUUAUCUUGGAUGGAGAUUUGGAUGCCAACUGGAUCGAAUCGAUGAAUUCUGUGAUGGAUGACAACAAGCUGUUGACACUUGCAUCUAAUGAAAGAAUAGUCAUGAAGCCUCAUAUGCGAUUGAUUUUUGAAUUGAGGGAUCUCAAAUAUGCUACUCCAGCAACAUCAUCAAGAGCCGGGGUUCUAUAUAUCACAGAAACGAAGCAGUGGUACAAUUUUAUACAAACAUGGGUGAUGAAACGAGAAGACGACUCUCCUGAAAGGAAAAGCCUCUUGUUGGAGCUAUUUUCUACUUAUGUUCCUGACACUCUCUUUGCAAUCAAGAAAGAGUUUCGUCAUAUGCUUCCCGAUUUCAACUGUUUAGAUUUUAAUAUGGUUCAGUCAUUGACAAGGGUCUUGGACGGUCUGCUGACCAGUGAGAAUGUUCCCAAAGACAUGGCGAACGAGGCUACCGUCAUUGAAACAUACUUUGUCUUCGCUGCAAUAUGGGCCUUCGGGGCUGGUUUCACAAUCACAGACGGAAUAGACAUGCGAAAAAAUUUCAGCAACUGGUGGAAAUCGAAAUGGACUCGAGUGAAACUGCCAACAAAGGGGAUGAUCUAUGACUUUUUUGUGGACAAGGCCACCAGUAAGUUCACCCCAUGGGCGCAGGUAGUGCCACAAAUCGUGUACGAAUCGAGCGUACCGAUGGACUCUGUGACUGUACCCACUGGCGAGACUCAGUCGAUAACCUUCUUCCUCGAUCUGCAUGUUGAGCUCAGAUAUCCUGCUCUGUUGAUCGGGCUUGCUGGUGCUGGCAAGACCGCCAUGAUCAACGGCAAACUGAGAAGCCUCAGCGAAGACUUCAUGUCUCUCACUAUGAACUUCAACUACUACACUGAUGGUAGUGGCUUCCGGUCUAUGCUUGAAGCCCCGCUCGAGAAGAAGGCUGGAAGAAACUAUGGUCCCCCGGGAAGCAUGCGCUUGGUCUACUUUGUGGAUGAUUUGAAUAUGCCCCAGCUUGAUCCAUAUGAAACUCAGUAUCCCAUCUCGCUGCUCCGUCAGUACAUGGAUUACCAGCACUGGUAUGAUAUGGCGAAGCUGCAGCUGAGAGUCAUUCAGAAUGUUCAAUUCUUGUGUGCUAUGAAUCCAACGUGUGGAUCCUUCGUGGUGAACCCUCGACUGCAGCGUCAUUUCAUGAUCUUCGCGAUAGGGUUCCCCGGCUCAGAAGCCCUGAUGACUAUCUUCUCAACCUUUUUGAAGGGACACUUGAAGAACUUCGGGGACGCUCUCAAUGAUGAACAAUUUGCACAUAAACUUAUCCAGGCAGCACUUGAAUUGCAUAACAAAGUCGCCAACACCUUUCGCAAGACUGCCAUUAACUUUCACUAUGAGUUCUCGAUCAGGCAUCUUGCCUCGAUCUUCAAAGGCAUGCUCAUGUCCGAGCCUGCAUACUUCUCUGAGCAAGCGAAAUUCGCUUCUUUGUUCAUACACGAGUGUGAAAGGACUUACGGGGACAGGCUUGUAUCCACCAAGCAUUUGGACGACUUUCAAAAGAUUGCCAAGGAUGUCGGCAAGAAAUACUUUAAGGAUUUGGAUCAAAGCAUCGUAUUCCCAACCCCUCUGAUCUUCUGUCACUGUUGGAAGGAUCUUGAUGAGAAGAGCUACAACAAAGCUGAAAGCAUGGAUUCACUCAGCCACAUCCUCAACAUGGCUUUGAACUCUUACAAUGAGACGAAUGCCGCCAUGAAUCUCGUUCUGUUCGAAGAUGCAAUGAAGCAUGUGUGCAGAAUAUGCAGAAUCCUUCAGAACGGACAUGGAUUGAUGGUCGGAGUUGGAGGGUCGGGUAAGCAAUCUCUUUGCAGGCUUUCUGCGUUCAUUUGCAACUGCUCUGUGGUUCAAAUCGCCAUCUCUGGGACGUAUGGAAUGGGUGAUUUGAAGGAAGAUAUCAAGCAGAUGUACUUCAAGGCAGGACUGAAAGGAGAGCAGAUAGUCUUCAUGUUCUUGGAUUCACAGAUUGCUGAUGAGAGAUUCCUUGUGUAUUUGAACGAGAUGUUGUCAUCUGGAAAGAUUCCUGGUUUGUUCGCACCCGACGAGGUUGACACCAUUUACAACACGAUUCGAAAUGAAGGGAAAGGAGAGGGUGUCCCCGAUGCGAAGGAUCCUAUGUUUGAGUUCUUCAUCGCCAAAGUGAAGAAGAACUUGCACGUGUGCCUCUGCUUCUCUCCUGUUGGAGACGCUUUCAGAAGGCGAGCUUCGCGCUUCCCUUCUCUGAUCAACUCGACUGUCAUCGAUUGGUUCCAGCCAUGGCCCGAGACUGCCUUGUUCGAUGUCGCCAAGAGAUUCCUUCAUGACAACGACCUCGGAAAACCAGAAACCAAAGAAGUCAUCACCAAAUUUAUGCCAUUCUCCUUCGGUCGAGUCAAUGAAGCCUCAGAAGAGUAUCUAGCGCAGGAGAAACGAUACAACUACACCACACCAAAGUCAUUCCUAGAGCUGAUAUAUCUAUACAAGAACAUGUUGGCCAAGAAAAGAUCAGAUUUGGAAGCAAACAUAUUGCGUUUAAGCAAUGGUCUCGACAAAUUGGAACAUACUGCCUCUGAUGUUGCCAUUCUCGUUGAGCAAGUGAAAGUGAAGUCUGUUGAAGUAGAAGCAGCUAAGGUGAAAGCUGACGAAGUUGCGGAAGUAGUCGGAGGAGAGAAAGCCAAGGUUGAAGAAGCUGCGGCUGCGGCGCAAGAGGAGGCAGCCAAGACUGCUGUGAUUGCAAACAACGCAUCGAUCAUGCAAGAAGAUUGUGAGAGAGACCUCGCUGCUGCUAUUCCCGCAGUCGAGAAGGCUGAAGCUGCGCUCGAUACCCUCAACAAAAAGGAUCUCGGAGAGUUGAAGAGUAUGGGAAAACCACCUCCAGGUGUAGACGAUGUCACUGCUGCAAUCUUGGCUAUUCGAGGAGAGGGGCCCAAGAACAGAGAUUGGAACGCAGCAAAGAAUAUGAUGAAGGAUGUCAACAAGUUUAUCGAAGACUUGAAAGGAUUGAAGCAAGUCAUCGACAAUUCCCAGAUGCAGGCAAAGUUUGUUGAAGCAGCAAGGCCAUAUUUGGCUUACGAGCAUGUGAAGGACACUGAAAUCAUGAAGAAAAAGUCAAAUGCUGCAGCAGGUCUUUGCGAGUUUCUUCUCAACAUUGUCGUUUAUUACGACAUUGUUGUGACUGUCGAACCGAAGCGUCAAGCUUUGAAACAAGCACAAGACGAGCUGGAGGCAGCAAACACGAAGCUGGCUGAGGUCAACGCGCAUGUGGCUGAUCUCGAGGCCAAGCUCGCGGUCUUGAUCCAAGAGUAUGACAAGGUUGUAGCCGAGAAGAACGCUGUGGUUGCAGAGGGCGAGCGCCUCCAGAACAAGCUCGGUCUGGCUCAGCGCCUGAUGGCUGCCCUCGGCUCAGAGCAGGAGCGAUGGGCAAUCAAUGUCCAACAGAUGAAGGCUGAUGCUGAGCUGCUACCUGGUGAUGUCUUGAUAGCGUCUGCUUUCGUCUCGUACGUAGGAUGCUUCAACAAGCUGUUCAGGAACAAACUGAUCAACGACGUUAUGCUUCCCUACCUCAAGCAGAACAACGUCCCGCUGUCCGGCAACCCCGAUCCCAUGUCGAUCCUUACAGACCCUGCUCAAGUAGCGCGCUGGAACAGUGAGGGCCUGCCGUCCGAUCGAGUUUCGAUUGAAAAUGGCGCAAUCACCACCUACGCCGAACGCUGGCCGCUCAUGAUCGACCCCCAGCUGCAAGGGAUUGUAUGGGUGCGAGAGAAGGAGAGCAAGAACAACUUGCAGGUCACCAGGCUGGGUACAAAGAAACUCCUGGAGACGAUGGAAAGAGCCUUGGAGUCUGGUUGGUCAGUGAUGAUUGAAAACCUUCAAGAAUCGCUCGAUGCGGUGAUUGGCCCAGUCAUUGGACGUCAGAAGACCAAGAAGGGAAGAAACUUUUUUGUGAAGCUCGGGGACAAGGACGUCGAAUAUAACGACAACUUCAAGCUCAUUCUACAUACCAAACUUGCCAACCCGCAUUACCCCCCUGAAGUUCAGGCGGAGUGCACUCUGAUUAAUUUUAUGGUCACCGAGGAUGGUUUGGAGGAUCAGCUGCUGGCGAAAGUUGUUACCAAAGAAAGGCCAGAUCUUGAAGAAGAGAAAACGACCUUGAUAAAACAGCAGAAUGAAUUCACCGUGAGGCUGAAGCAGCUUGAAGACGAUCUGUUGAGAAAGCUGGCCGAAGCUCAAGGAGACAUCACUGAAGAUGUCGCCCUGAUCGAGUCCCUGGAGGACGCGAAGAAGACUUCGAUCGAGAUCAACGAGAAGGUUGCAAUCGCCAAGGAGACAGAGAUUACCAUUAAUCAAGCUCGUGAGGAUUACAGAGGUGUGGCGAACAGAGGAGCUCUGCUCUUCUUCGCUCUGGGAGAAAUGUUCAAAGUGCACAGCUUCUAUCACUACUCCCUUGCAGCCUUUACUGCUGUGUUCCUCAAAUCCAUCGACUCGGCAGGCAAGAAGUACGUGGGCGAUUCCAUGCACGUCCAAAAGUUGAUACAAUGCACCAAAGGAAACAACCCGUUCAAGAGGUUCCGUGUUGCUGCAAUGAUGAUCAAAGCUGGGCUGAAAGGAAAAUUGGAGAAUGGGGAGAUACAAACAAAUGAAAACAUCGACCUCUCCAACAGAUUGAGAGAGUUGACGUAUUCGAUCUCGUAUGGUAUUUACAAUUUCACAAGGAGAGGGCUAUUUGACGAGCACAAGCUCUUGUUCGUUACCAGCAUCUUCUUGAAGAUCUUGCAGAGAAACCCUGAAAUUCAUGUCUCCAAUGAGCACAAGGGCGAGCUCAAUCCGGAUGAAGUGCAGUACAUGUUGAAAGGGACGAAGAACAUGAACGCACCUCUAAUGAGUGCCGAGGUCUCUGCUUUCAUCAACGAGAAUGCCUGGCAAUCGGUCUGUGGGCUUGCAGAGAUACCAGCCUUCCAAAAGAUCACACAGGACAUCGAGUCCGGUGCCAAGCAGUGGGAAGAGUGGGUGAAGCUGGAGCAGCCAGAGUUGAAGCCACCUCCUGGGGAGUACGGCAACUACGCAGAAUUCCAGAAGCUCUGCAUAUUGCGAGCUCUGCGUCCGGAUCGUCUGACGGCUUCCCUGCGGACUCUCAUCAUUCAGAGGUUCGGGAAGAUGUUCAUUGAUGAGGAGGCAUUCAACAUUUUCUCAAUCUACCGCGAGACGGCCCCGCAGACCGCAGCCUUCUUUUACCUCUUUCCAGGAGCGGACGUAGUGGCGGAUCUUGACCCUCUGCUGAAGAAGAAGGGCUUCUCCGUGGAGAAUGGAAUGUUCAUCAACAUCUCCAUGGGUCAGGGCCAGGAGCCAGUGGCAGAGCAAGCGCUGGACAGGUGCAUGAAGGAGGGAGGAUGGGUGUUCCUUCAGAACAUCCACCUCAUGUCCUUGUGGGUCAAGGUCCUCGAGAGAAAGCUCGAGGCCUCACAAGAGGGGACUCACCCUGACUUCCGAUGCUUCUUGUCGUCGGAACCUCCUCCUCUGCCCUGGCAGCAGACCAUUCCUGAAGCGAUCCUGCAGAACUCCAUCAAGGUGUCGAACCAGCCAGCUCAGUCCCUCCGCGCAAACCUGCUAAGGGCCUGGCAGGCAUUCGACCAGAACUUUAUAGACACGUGUCACAGGAAGGAGGACUUCAAGCCUGUGCUGCUAGCCCUCUGUUGCUUCCAUGCCCUCAUCAACGGCCGUCGAAAGUUCGGCUUCAUCGGUUGGAGCUGCAGCAACAUCUACGGUUUCACCAUGGGCGACCUGGCGCAAUGUGCUCAGGUUGCGGUGAAUAUGUUGAAUGCAAGGACAGGGUCACGAGCGAACGAAGAGGUCCCGUACGCGGACCUGAAGUACAUCUUCGGAGAAAUCAUGUACGGAGGACACAUCACUGACAAGUGGGACCGACGUACCAACGUGACCUACCUCGAGACCCUCGUGAUCCCUCAGAUCUACCAGGAGGGGCACGAGCUCUUCCCAGGGUUCAAGUCCAAGCUGAAGGGCAACUACGAGGAGUACCUGAAUCACAUCGACUGGAACCUUCCACCUGAGACCCCCGUCGCCUUCGGGCUGCACCCCAACGCGGACAUCUCGUACCUGAACAACGAGUGCUUCAACUUGUUCAAGCAGUUAAUGGAGCUUGGAGGAGGAGGAGGGGGAGGAGGAGGGGCCUCGAAAGAAGAUGUCAUUGCAAAGCAGGUGACAGACUUCCUCGGGAGACUUCCUGAGGACUUCAACAUCUUCGACAUCAAGACCAGGAUCGGACCCCCCGAGAAUCUCACCCCUUACCUUGUGCUGCUGCUCCAGGAAUGCGAGCGAAUGAACAUCCUACUCGGCACCAUGCGCAAGUCGCUGAUCGACCUGCAGCUGGGGCUGCAGGGAGCCCUGAACAUCUCCGACAUGAUGGACAAGCAGAUGACGUCGAUGUUCAUGGAUCAGAUCCCAUCGACGUGGGAGAAGGAUGCAUGGAGGACCUUGAAGUCGCUGCCUGUCUGGUUCCAGGACGUGCUGGAUAGGAUCAAGCAGUUCGCAGACUGGGCUGACUCGCUGAAGAUGCCUCCCUCCGUCUGGCUGUCGGGGACGUUCAACCCGAUGGCGUUCGUGACUGCCGUCAUGCAGACGACAGCGAGAGCGCACCAGUGGCCUCUUGAUGACGUGGAAACGUUCACGGACAUCACUAAGAUGGAGUGGGAGCAGCCGGAGGGGCAGCCGGAGGAGGGCGCCUACAUCCAUGGCCUCUUCAUCGAGGGCGCUAGAUGGGAUCGUGAGGCCGACGAGCUGCGAGACUCUAUUCUACGAGAGCUCGCCCCCCCAAUGCCAGUCAUCCACCUCAAGGCCAUCCCGACCAAGGAGAGGAGAAUGACGGGGUACUACGACUGCCCGGUGUACUACGUCUCGCAACGAGGCGGAGGCAACCCGCCCGGUUCCUACGUGUUCUUCUCUCAGCUCAAGACCUCCGAGCCUACUGUGGUGACCCUCUACGGCAUCUACUGUUACAAGUGGGUGCUGGCAGGAGUUGGGAUCCUGUUGCAGAUAGACUAAGCACAAGUCACAGUCUUAGAUCGAGCCAGAUGCAUCUGGCUCACGUACACUAGCGCUAGUGUAUGUUUGUUGAAGAACAAGUGCCUGAUACUGCUAACUCCCGUACUUGGCACUUGUCCAGGGCUGGACAGGCGGAAUGGGUGAGUCUCGUUGAUUAAAGUUGUGAAUCGACCAG